AUGUCAUCGCGUAACUCAGAGAGCUCCUACUCGAGGUACGAUUCUGCAGUUGAAUCAUUUGUAGAUGCUGAUAAUAACAAUGAUAUUGACAAUGAAAAUGUCAACGACAAUUUCAAUGACAAUGUCAAUGAGUACUAUCCAGAUGCCGAAAACUUGGAAUUGAGAAAAACAAUCACUGUGAAAAGUACCCAACAUGAUACCUCUAAUAUCGACAACUAUAUUGAAUCCACCAAAAACGACGAAAAUACUUAUCAAGAAGAGUUGGAAAAUGAAUUGACUCGUGAAGCAACCAAUCUCUCCCGUAUAUCAAGAAAGCUAACGGGGCAUUCAAGUCUCAAAGACGUUGAAAAACAAGAAUACACCCAAGAGGAAGAAGAAGACCCUGAAAUUGUGGGUUAUGAUCCUAAAACUUGUAACUGGGAUUCUCCUGAUGACCCUGAUAAUCCUCAUAAUUGGGCUCCAUUUAAAAGGUGGUAUUGUACAAUGGUCACUGCCUUCUUAUGUUUGGUCAUUACGCUUGGAUCCUCCAUUUACGUGGAUGCAAUUCCUGAAAUGAUGGUCAAAUGGGGGGUUUCUCAAACCCUUGGUUUGGCUGGUUUGACCUUUUAUUUGGUUGGAUUGGCUUUUGGUCCUGCUAUUGCUGCACCACUUUCAGAAUUAUUUGGUAGGAAAAUUGUUUAUUGUGGCUCUUUACCUAUCUCGAUGUUGUUUACUAUGGGUGUAGGGUUGUCACCAAACAUUGGUUCUGUUAUUGUCUUGAGGUUCUUUGCAGGAUUAACCUCUUCAGGUGCAUUGGCAAUUGCCGGUGGUACAAUUACCGACAUUUGGAAACCACAGGAAAUAGGCUUAGCAAUGACUUUGUUUUGUCUUGCUCCAUUGGCAGGUCCAGUCAUUGGUCCGAUUAUUGGUGGAUUCAUUGGCCAAAAUAAAAUAUCCCCAAAACCAAAUAGAGUUGGUGGCUUAAGAUGGGCAAUGUGGGUCGACCUAUUCUUUGCUGCAACCAUUUUCAUUCCUUUAUUCAUUAUGCCAGAAACAUACAAACCAAUUAUUAUGAGGAAACGUAUAAUUAAAAGAGGUAAAAAAUUGAAGAAGGGUAUGCCUCUCAUGCAAUUCUUAAUUGUUAUCGUCUUUAUUACCCUGUUGAAACCCGUGGAGAUGUUAUUUGUUGAGCCAAUUGUUUUGGUUUUUUCAAUUUAUACUGCAUUUGUCUUUGCGGUUUUGUUUGGAUUCUUUGAGGCUUUCCCUGUUAUCUUUAGAGGAAUCUAUCGUAUGGAAUUGGGUGUUUCUGGGUUACCUUUCCUUGGUGUUGGUUUGGGUUUACUCUUUGGUGCAAUUUGUUAUUUAUGUUUGGAUAAAUUCUAUUUCUUCAAGAAAUGGGAUGACGGCUAUAUUGGUAUGAAGGAUAAAGACGGUAAUCCAAUUCCUCCUACGCCAGAGUCUAGACUAUUACCAUGUAUGAUUGGUUCGGUUUGCUUUGGACCUUCCCUAUUCUGGUUAGCCUGGACUGCAAGACAUUCUGUCCACUGGAUGGCACCAACGGCUUCAGGUGUUUUAUUUGGAUUUUCACUAGUUCUAAUUUUCUUUUCAAUUUUAACCUACUUCUCCAUGGCUUACCCACCAAUUUCUGUGGCGUCCGCCUUGGCUGCUAACAAUAUGACGAGAUAUAUCGUUUCCUCUGUUUUCCCGCUCUUUACAGUUCAAAUGAUGGAAAACUUACAUGUUUAUUGGGGUGUUUCGGUUUUUGCUUUUAUUGCCCUUGCUAUGGUUCCUGUUCCUUGGGUCUUCAACAAAUAUGGUGAACGGUUGAGAAAUCGUUCCAAAUACGGUUGGACUGCCUUGUAUGAGCAAGAAAGAAAAGCUAAAUUGGAGAAGGAAAAGGCAAAACAGGAUAGGGACAUCAAUUCUCAAGAAACUGCGACAUUCGAUGAUAAGGAAUAA